GCGCCGCCCGAGCGCCAGACGCGGAGCUGGGAAAGGGGAGGCGGAGGAGGCGGAGGCAGAGCGGGAGCCAGGCGGCGGGACCAGCGGCAGACCGGCGGGGCUGGGCCACGCAGAGCCGGCCCGCGAGCACGCCCGCGACCCGCGCCCGGGAGGAGAAGAGGCAGCGGCCCCGCGGCCGCAUCCCCGACAGCCCGAGUCCCCGGACGGGGCUGGUAGCCCGGGGUCCGAGAGCAAGAUCCCACCGACCAGGGCUGGCCCUUGGGAAGACGCUUUCCACAGCGGGACCAGGCAGGCCACCAUGACCGAGAACUCCACGUCCACUCCUGCGGCCAAGCCCAAGCGGGCCAAGGCCUCCAAGAAGUCCACAGACCAUCCCAAGUAUUCGGACAUGAUCGUGGCUGCCAUCCAGGCCGAGAAGAACCGCGCUGGCUCCUCGCGCCAGUCCAUCCAGAAGUAUGUCAAGAGCCACUACAAGGUGGGUGAGAACGCCGACUCCCAGAUCAAGUUGUCCAUCAAGCGCCUGGUGACCACCGGUGUCCUCAAGCAAACCAAAGGGGUGGGUGCCUCGGGCUCCUUCCGGCUGGCUAAGAGCGACGAGCCCAAGAGGGCAGUAGCCUUCAAGAAGACCAAGAAGGAGGUCAAGAAGGUGGCCACGCCAAAGAAGGCAGCCAAGCCCAAGAAGGCGGCCUCCAAAGCCCCAAGCAAGAAACCUAAAGCCACCCCGGUCAAGAAGGCCAAGAAGAAGCCGGCUGCCACACCCAAGAAAGCCAAAAAACCCAAGGUUGUCAAGGCCAAGCCAGUCAAGGCAUCCAAGCCCAAGAAGGCCAAACCAGUGAAGCCCAAAGCCAAGUCCAGUGCCAAGAGGGCCGGCAAGAAGAAGUGACAAGGAACCUUUUUCUUGUGGACACUCCCCUCUCACUCUGUAAAUACUUUCUUCUUUCUUGAUUCUCUGCAACCUUUUGCCCCAUUUAUUCAGACUUUGUAAGAGACAGACUUUGGAGUCCUCAGAAACUGUGGACUAAUUGCUUUUUCCUUCGCCAGUUGUGCAAGGACCGCCACAACAGAUCUCAUCUCUGUAACGAUGAGGAUGUACUGAUGUUUUGUUUUGUUGAUUCGCUAUUAAUCUUAUGGGGUUCGGGAUCUGGGUGGGUUGUGUGUUGUGUUACGGGACGGGUUUGCUAUAUGAAGGUAGAUGGGGAUAGAGGGAACAAGCACAGCAGUUUGUUCUCGCUAGAGGAGAGAGGGAGCCCAGGAAUUAUAAAGGUUUGUGGGAGUAUCUUCAAGGUUUUAAGUUGGGCACCCCUGUGAGAAUUUCCUAACUCUUAGAGGGGGCAGGAGCAGGGGAUCCGAGGCUGGUUCCUUCUCUCCGGGUCAGUGUGCCUUCUGGCCUUCCUAUUGUCUUAGGGAAGAAGAGGAGGGGACCAAGUGACAGCUGGUUGGAAGAACUAGCUUCUUCCAGUCAGCUAGGAACCAGCCAGGGGGGUUGGGCUGGGGGAGACGCGCCUGUGGCUUCGGUAGAGUCUCCAGGGGAGAGGAAACUUUGGGGGAAGGGUGGGGAGUCAGCCAAGUGCCUCAGUGUGCCCUGUUGAAACUUGGGUUUUUCCACACAAUUCGAUGGAUUAUUGUGUCUUUGGAGGACUCCCCCACCCCCCCCCCCGUAUUUUGUUCCUCUAAAGACGUGGCUUUGCUUGGUCUGGUAGGGCUGCAGCCCCACCACCAGCUGCUUAAAAACCUCCCGACCUCUUCUCACUUCUGAGUCCUUUUUUUUAAGUAGUUGUAGUGGGGAAGGGGGAGGGGCAGGGAGUGGACGGUAAGACAUACUGCAGUUGACUACGUAGUGCUAGAGCUAAUCUGUGUGCAUGUGUGUGUAUUUGUAUAUAUGCAUACCUAGGGCUACUACUUAGGUUUUACAUCGGGAGCUGGGAGAAAAAACCUGUACAGUUGUCUGUCUUUUAUUUUUACUAGUAAAACUCGCGCACUUGCGCCACCCCACCCCCACCCCCGCCUUUUUUAAACAAGUGUUCCUUGUGCCGGGAGAAAUUUGCUGUCGUAAUUUUAAAACUUUAAAAUAAAAUCUGGAAAAAGAAAAAACAA